CCCGAGCCUGGAAAGGCAAGUGGGGGUGCAUGGGGCGGGGUGGGUCCACACUCUCGACCAGCUUACACCCGCGCCCAGUCCCAGGCAGCCCAGCGAAGAGGCGGAGGCGGCUACAGGGUCGAAGCCGGUUCCUGAGAGAGGUUGGCGAUUUCAGGUGGCGGGGUGCAUCUGCUGCGGAGCUGCUUGAGAAAAAGUUGGAGCAGGAAAAUAGCCUGGAUUUCUGGAGGCUUACUUUAAGACUGGUCACUUCUGCAAGGAAGGAAAGGAGGAAGAGACUGGCUCAAUUCUCUGGAGAUUUGCACACUGUCCCAGCAUUCCUUGUCCAUUUCCUGCAGGAGAUAUUACGAAUAUUGGGGGUGUAAUUGGUACCCCUGGAAUGAAGCACGGAGUGGGAAAUUGCACCACAUCAGAGAAGAUCCACCUCCAGUGGCAUCUCUGAUGGUGCUGGAAUUGCUGCUGACCACCACCCUCAACAGGUCUGCACCCACUUGGGAACCAUCCAUCCUCCCCCUGCUUGGUUGUGCCUCUUUGGCACUCUGUCUGUGAUAUUGGCUGAGGCUGGUCUUGGGAAGGAGGCUGGUUGGCUGCUGGACUGGUGAUUGACUCUCUUCCAAUUGUAUCGCCUGAAUCACUGGAAGAUCAGUGUGAAGAUACAGAAUUGUGGUAGAGGCGGGGACUGUGUUACUGGUAUUUAACUGCCUCUUCUCUGUAACUGGUAUUAUGACUGGGGCUGAGAUUGAGCCUGGUGCCCAGGCCAAGGCUGAAAAGAAGGCUAGAGAAGAGGUUGCAGGUGGGGCUGAGAGAGAGAACGAAGUCCCGAUGGUGGUCAGACCCAAGGUUAGGACCCAGGCCCAGGUAAUGCCUGGGGCAAGGCCCAAAACUGCAUCCAAGGCUAUGAAUGGGGCAACGCCUGAAACGGAGUCCCAGGUGAUGGCUGGGUCAGGGCUCCAAACUGAUUCCCAAGUAAUGGCUGUGGCAAGGUCCAGAAGUGAAGCCCAGAGAAUGUCUGGGGCAAGGCCAAAAACAGAGGCCAGGGCAGUAGGUAGGGCAUGUUCUAAAACUGAGGCCAAGGCAAUCACUGGGCCAAGGCACAAGGAAGAAGCCCAGGCUUGGGCCCAGACUGAGUUUGGGGCUCAGGCAAUGUCCCAAACAGAGGGCAUGCCCCAGACCAAUGCAGAAGCCUGGCCACUGCUCAGUACUGAGUGUGGGUCAGGUGCUAAACCUAUGUCCCUAUCUGUAGAUAGGGAACAGCUCAGGGUGGAUGCUGAGAUCUUUCCUGGUUCUCAGGGUCAGAUGGGAAUCCAACCCUGGUUUGGAUCAGGGGAGGAAACUGAUACUGGGUCUUGGUGCUAUCCCAGGCCCAGGGCCAGAGCGGAGGGCUCUAAUGAAUCUGGAUUCUGGUCAGCAGAUGAGACCUCUACGAUGUCUUCCUUCUGGGCUAGAGAAGAGGCCAGUAUCAGAUCGUGGCCCAGGGAAGAGUCCAAUACCAGGUCCAGGCACAGGGCUAAAUAUCAGCCUAACACCAGAUCUAGGCCGAGAUCCAAGCCAGAUCCCUAUAUUGAUUCUUGGUCUGGAUCUGAGGAGGAGUCUGGCAACCCAUUCUGCUUGUGGGCUGGAGAAAAUACCAAUAUGUUGUUCAGGCCCAGAGUCAGAGAUGAGGCAAAUGUUAGGUCCAAGCUCAGGACAAAGAUAGAGGAUGUUUCUGAGUCUGAAGAUGAGUACUUUAAGGAGUCCUGGUUUGUGCCUGGAGAAGAAGCCGAUAAUAGAUUCAGGCUCAGAGACAAGACAGAGCCCAGUACUAUCCUGAAGCCCAGGGCCAAGAAAGAUGUUGAUAACAGUGAUAGGGUCAAACAGGAGCCCAGGUUUGAGGAGGAAGUCAUCAUUGGGUCCUGGUUCUGGGCAGAGAAAGAGGCCGGUACGGAGGCCGGGGCUUCUGUCAUCUGUGAGUCCAUGCCAGGGGCUGAGGAGGGGGCCAUCGGUGGAUCCUCGUUUGAGACUGAGGAAAAGUUCAGUUUGGGGGCUGUGGCCAGAGAAGAGACCAGGCCAGAGUCUGAAGAAGAGGCCAUAUUUGGAUCCUGGUUCUGGGACAGGGAUGAGGCCUGCUUUGACCUAAAUCCCAAUCCGGUGUACAAGGCUAGUCCCAGGUUCCACGAUUCAGCUGAGGAAAUUAAUACAUCAUCCAGACCCCAAACUUGGGAAGAGGUCACUGUUGAGUUCAAACCUGGUCCUUGUUAUUUCGUUGGUUUCCCAUCCCCAAACCCCUUUAGAAUUCCUGAAGAAGCAGCAGCAGCCGCAUUCGCUGAACUGUUUGAGGAAAAGCCCCAGAAUGCAGAACGUACCCCAGAAGGGGAAGAGCAGGAAUCUGUACUUCAGCGCAAUCAGGCUGAUCCUGAAUUCCCAUUUCAGUAUGAACCAUCCUACAGGUCAGUCAGGGAAAUUCGGGAGCACCUUAGGACCAGGGAGAGUGCAGAGCCUGAGAGUUGGUCCUGCAGCUGCAUCCAGUGUGAACUUAAAAUUGGUUCUGGAGAGUUUGAAGAACUCCUUCUGUUAAUGGACAAAAUCCGAGAUCCUUUUAUUCAGGAAAUAUCUAAAAUCGCAAUGGGUAUGAGAAGUGCUUCUCAAUUUACCCGAGAUUUCAUUCGGGAUUCGGGUGUCGUCUCACUUAUUGAAACCUUGCUCAAUUAUCCCUCCUCCCGAGUUAGGACACAGUUUUUGGAAAAUAUGAUCCUCAUGGCUCCCCCGUAUCCAAAUCUAAACAUGAUUGAGACAUUCAUAUGUCAAGUGUGUGAGGAAACCCUUGCACAAACCGUGGAUUCCCCUGAGCAGCUGCUUGGAUUAAGGCUGCUUAGAUACCUCACUACAACUACUGACUAUCACACACUGGUUGCCAAUUAUAUGUCUGUGUUUCUCUCCCUAUUAGUCACAGGAAAUGCAACAACAAAGUUUCACGUUCUGAAAAUGCUGUUGAAUUUGUCUGAAAAUGCUGUGGUGGCCAAAAAACUAUUCAAUGCCAAAGCUCUCUCGAUAUUUGUGGGUCUCUUUAACAUAGAAGAGUCAAAUGAUAAUAUUCAAAUUGUUAUUAAAAUGUUUAGGAAUAUCAGUAAUAUUAUAAGGAAUGGAACAAUGGCCUUAAUUGAUGAUGAUUUCAGUCUGGAGCCACUUAUUGCUGCAUUUCAUGAAUUUGAGAACUUAGCCAAGGACCUACAAACCCAGAUAGACAAUCAACAUGAUCCUGAUCCUGAGGGGGGACAACAAAGCUAAUAUGAUUAACCACCUGCCUCUGAUCGGCCUGAUGUUCCCAAAGAGCCCUGAGUAGUGGCUUUCGUUUUCACAGCCUGGUUUUAUGUUGUAACUUAUAUUUUUAAUGCUGAUGUUAACUUGAUCCAAUUCUUGGUUUGAGCUGGCUCAUUUUGUGGAUGCCAAAUGAACAUUAGAGCUGAAAACAUAUUUGUUGAUAUUUGUCUUGCUGUCCAGAUUGUGGUAUUUUUCUGUAUUGAGCUUCCAAUGAACUGACUCGCCUAUGUAAGCUACCCUGCUAUUCGUUGUUUUAAACAAAUGGUUCUCCAUUUGAGUCUGUGUUUUCAAUAAAGUUCUGGGUGAAAACUGGCAGAAGUGACCCUCCUUCAGUGUAAAAUCCAGAUGCUGGUGCUUUGUGCACACUGACAAACAUAGAUAAUCAGUAGCAUGACAAACAUACCCUCAUUGGAAAAUUCCAUUCCUGGAGCUUAAGAAGGAAGAGACUACUGUGGGCCUUGGUACUUGAGGAAUGCUUCCGAGAAGAGGGACCCACUUAAAU